AUGCCAACUAUAGCAUGGAAACGUCUGAUACAACAAUUAUUUUCUCGUUUAAAUCAUCCGAAUAGUUUUGUUCGAGAUUAUGUUACAAAUUUAUUAAUACGUAUAGCAAAAGAUUAUCCACAAUUAAUACUUUAUUCAGUUAUUGUUAGAAUAACUGAUGAUUCAAAAAUGAGACGAAUAAAAUCACGAGAUGAAAAUAUUUAUCAAAGAAAACGUUUGAGUACAAAUGAAUUAGAUGAUGAAAGAUCACAAGAUGAUAUUGAAGAUGAUGAUGAUGAAGAUGAUAUUGAAAAACAAGAAAAUGUUAUAGCUAUGAAAAAUAGUUUUAGAUUAAUCAAUAAUGUACUUUCAGAAACAAAUGCACAUGUUGUUGGACAAGUUAAAUUAGUUGUACAUGAAUUACGACGUGUUACUGUUCUAUGGGAUGAACUUUGGUUAAGAACAAUGGCACAACUUCAAGAAGAAAUUAGUUGACGUGUCGAUGUUCUUAAAGAUGAACUUCAACGUCUUGAAUCUAUGACACGUUUAACAAAGGAAGAAAAAGAAUUUCUAAUUAAAGAAAAACAAGAUGUUUUAUUUAAAUCUUUUAUAACCGUUCUUGAAGCAGUUAGUCAAAUAACUCGUUCACCUGCUGAAACACCACGUGAACAAGCAUUUGAAAAAGAUUAUAGUAAACAAAUCGAUGCAGCUAUUGAACAAUUAAAACAACCUAUUACAUUAUCUAAUCCACAUUCAUGUUGGUUACAACUUCGACAGCUUUAUUCAAUGUUACAUCGUACUGGUAAACGAUCAGGUACAAUUCAUGCUAUGAAUCAAAUAAGUCCAAAAUUAGCACAAAUUAAACAUAGUGUUAUACCAAUUCCAGGCGAAGAUGGACAAAUUAUUUUUAUACGACGAAUGUAUGUAACUACAUGGCUUGAAUGUUUAUUUCAAUCUUGUCAACGUAAAAGUAAUAAUGAAUCUUCUAACGAAGAACAAUUAUCUGAAUCUCAACAUCGAUUAUUAAGUUAUGAACAAUUACUAAAUUUUGGAAAUGAUGCAUUGCUUGGAUUUAUUUGA